CGUAGAGAGCAGUUCGAGAAACUAGCCAAAAUUCCAAAUUUGUCCGUUGCAUAACUCCGUGUUUUUUUUUUCACUUCCCUCCCCCCUUGGUCCCCCUGCCGUUCUCCACCAUGAACACUUUGAAGUCCGACGACAAGCCCUUCAAUCCGUUCUACAUUGGUCCGCAUCCCAGCAAGGCGUGCGCCAUUCCCGAGAUUCCCGGCCAGCAAUGUUCCCCGAAUUGCCAACCGCCGGAGGGGCAGGCCAAGUCGUCACCCGCAGCUCAUUCGGAUGGCCAGGAUCCCAUGGGCGUGCCCAGCGGAACGGCAGGCGGCAUGGUCAUCGUGGGCGUGGCCAACAUAUAUAGCACCGUGGAGGUCCUGGCAGCCGCCGCUCGAGCGGGCGAAGCGACCGGAGCGGGAACGGGAGCGGAUCACGGACCGCAGGCGCCCAACAACACCAUUUGCAAGCCGUAUCCCUGCAUGGAAGGCGCCCGCACCGAAUCCCCCGGCUGUGAUUAGUCCGGAGGAGGAGUGUCCAACGAGGGUCAACAGUCAAUCCACCAACUGGCCAUUUGCAUCAUCACUAAUCCACCUGAGGUAGCCCCAAAAACAUGAAUAAAUAGCUAAGAAAACCAA